AUGCCUUUGGAGAUGGAGCCCAAAAUGAGCAAACUUGCCUUUGGAUGCCAGCGGAGCUCCACAUCGGAUGAUGACUCGGGCUGCGCGCUGGAGGAGUACGCCUGGGUGCCCCCAGGCCUCAGACCCGAGCAGAUCCAGCUCUAUUUUGCUUGCUUACCAGAGGAAAAGGUUCCUUAUGUUAACAGCCCUGGAGAGAAGCACCGAAUUAAACAGCUUUUGUACCAGUUGCCACCACAUGAUAAUGAGGUGCGGUACUGCCAGACUUUGAGUGAGGAGGAGAAAAAAGAACUGCAAGUGUUCAGUGCGCAGCGGAAGAAAGAAGCACUAGGAAGAGGAACAAUUAAACUUCUGUCCAGAGCAGUAAUACAUGCCGUGUGCGAGCAGUGUGGGCUGAAGAUAAACGGAGGUGAAAUUGCAGUGUUUGCCUCACGAGCGGGCCCGGGAGUGUGCUGGCACCCAUCCUGUUUUGUCUGCUUCACGUGCAGUGAGCUGCUGGUCGACCUCAUCUAUUUUUAUCAGGAUGGAAAAAUUCACUGUGGCCGGCACCAUGCUGAGCUGCUCAAACCCCGGUGUUCAGCAUGUGACGAGAUAAUUUUUGCUGACGAGUGCACAGAAGCUGAGGGUCGGCAUUGGCACAUGAAACACUUCUGCUGCCUGGAGUGCGAGACGGUCCUGGGGGGACAGAGGUACAUCAUGAAGGAUGGCCGCCCAUUCUGCUGCAGCUGCUUCGAGUCCCUGUAUGCAGAGUACUGCGAGACGUGCGGGGAGCACAUCGGUGUGGACCACGCGCAGAUGACCUAUGAUGGGCAGCACUGGCAUGCCACAGAGGCCUGCUUUUCCUGUGCCCAGUGCAAAACCUCUCUGUUGGGAUGCCCCUUCCUCCCCAAACAAGGCCAGAUUUAUUGCUCUAAGACAUGCAGCCUUGGUGAAGACGUGCAUGCCUCCGAUUCCUCCGACUCUGCGUUCCAGUCGGCUCGGUCAAGAGACUCCAGGAGAAGUGUCCGGAUGGGCAAGAGCAGCCGGUCAGCAGACCAGUGUCGUCAGUCACUCCUUCUGUCCCCUGCUCUGAACUACAAGUUUCCUGGCCUGUCAGGCAAUGCUGACGACACCCUAUCUCGGAAGCUGGACGAUCUGAGCCUUUCCAGGCAAGGAGCAAGUUUUGUCAAUGAAGAAUUUUGGAAAGGCAGAGUAGAGCACGAAACCCCAGAAGACCCUGAAGAAUGGGCAGAGCAUGAAGAUUAUAUGACACAGCUCCUCCUCAAGUUUGGUGAUAAAAGUCUCUUUCAGCAGCAGCCCAGUGAGAUGGACAUUCGAGCCAGUGAGCACUGGAUAGCUGAUAACAUGGUUAAAAAUAAGACCGAGUUAAAGCAAAACAACCAGAGCCUUGCAAGUAAAAAAUACCAAUCUGAUAUGUAUUGGGCACAGUCACAAGAUGGACUGGGAGAUUCUGCUUAUGGCAGCCACCCAGGCCCUGCGAGCAGUCGAAGACUCCAGGAAUUGGAUCUGGACCAUGGGGCUUCAGGAUACAAUCACGAUCAAACACAGUGGUAUGAAGAUUCCCUGGAGUGCUUGUCAGACCUGAAACCAGAGCAAAGUGUUCGGGAUUCUAUGGAUUCUUUGGCUUUGUCUAAUAUCACAGGGGCGUCAGUGGAUGGAGAAAGCAAGCCGAGGCCAUCAUUGUAUUCUCUGCAAAACUUUGAGGAAAUAGAGACAGAAGACUGUGAGAAAAUGAGCAAUAUGGGGACUUUGAACUCUUCCAUGCUGCACAGGAGCACGGAGUCCUUGAAGAGCCUCAGUUCAGAGUUGUGUCCAGAAAAAAUCCUGCCCGAGGAGAAACCACUUCACCUGCCAGUGCUCCGAAGGUCCAAGUCUCAGUCCAGGCCACAGCAGGUCAAGUUUUCAGAUGAUGUCAUUGACAAUGGAAGCUACGAGAACAUCGAAAUCCGGCAGCCGCCAAUGAGUGAGAGAACUCGGAGACGGGUGUACCAUUUUGAAGAGAGGGGACCCAGGUCCCAUCACCAUCGCCGCAGGAGAAGUAGGAAGUCCCGCUCAGACAAUGCCCUGAACCUUGUCACAGAAAGAAAGUACUCUCCCAAGGACAGGCUGCGGCUCUACACCCCCGAUAACUACGAAAAGUUUAUCCAGAGCAAGAGUGCCCGGGAAAUCCAGGCCUACAUCCAGAACGCUGACCUCUAUGGGCAGUACACCCACGCCGCUUCUGACUACGCCCUGCAGAACCCGGGGGGGUCGCGCUUUCUAGGCCUCUACGGGGAGGACGACGGCUCCUGGUGCUCCUCCUCCACCUCCUCCUCCUCUGACUCAGAAGAAGAAGGGUAUUUUCUUGGACAGCCAAUUCCUCAGCCCCGGCCGCAGAGAUACGCCUACUACACAGACGACCUUUCUAGUCCAACUUCUGCACUCCCCACGCCUCAGUUUGGUCAGAGGACAACUAAAUCCAAGAAGAAAAAGGGACACAAGGGCAAAAACUGUAUUAUUUCUUAA